CCAUCCCGGCAGCUAAGGAGAGCGGGCAGGCAAGGAGAUUCCGCGCCAGGGUCGCGGCGGCAGUCGGCAAGCGUUCUAUUCUCUGGCUUUGGAUUGUGAGCGGUGUCUGCUUAUCCCGCCGAGGGCUCCCAGGACUGGGCAGGGAUCUAGGGGGUUUGCGCACCUGCUUUUUAAUCCCCCGCCCCCUUUUUUUUUAAAGUGGAGGGGGUGAAAGUGAGGGAGGAGAAUGGACAGAAUACUGACUGGAACGUUAAUCUGAGCAUUUCAUAUGCGAAGAGCGGAAUAACAGUUCCGUAUUCUUCUUUCAGUUUCUCCGUUAGAUUAGCUUCAUUUUCGAAUGCUCCGUUUUGCAUGCUUAAUUUUGAAACUAGCCCGUGGUUUGGCAGAAUUGGACUGAAUUCAGGGGUGAGAGUUUGAUCCAGUCAAAGUGUAUUUGAAUUUGAGCACGCAGUUCAACCCGUGUUUACAAUGGAAUUUCUGAAGACUUGUGUACUUAGAAGAAAUGCAUGCAUUGCGGCUUGCUUCUGGAGAAGCAAAGUUGUCCAAAAGCCUUCAGUUAGAAGGAUUAGUACUACCUCUCCAAGGAGCACUGUCAUGCCUGCUUGGGUGAUUGAUAAAUAUGGGAAGAAUGAAGUGCUUCGGUUCACUCAGAACAUGAUGAUGCCUAUCAUACACUAUCCAAAUGAAGUCAUUGUCAAAGUUCACGCUGCCAGUGUAAAUCCUAUAGACGUUAAUAUGAGAAGUGGUUAUGGAGCUACAGCUUUAAAUAUGAAGCGUGAUCCUUUACAUGUGAAAAUCAAAGGAGAAGAAUUUCCUCUGACUCUGGGUCGGGAUGUCUCUGGUGUGGUGAUGGAAUGUGGGCUUGAUGUGAAAUACUUCAAGCCUGGAGAUGAGGUCUGGGCUGCAGUUCCUCCUUGGAAACAAGGCACUCUUUCAGAGUUUGUUGUAGUCAGUGGGAAUGAGGUCUCUCACAAACCCAAAUCACUCACUCAUACUCAAGCUGCCUCUUUGCCAUAUGUGGCUCUCACAGCCUGGUCUGCUAUAAACAAAGUUGGUGGCCUGAAUGACAAGAAUUGCACAGGAAAACGUGUUCUAAUCUUAGGCGCUUCAGGUGGAGUUGGUACUUUUGCUAUACAGGUAAUGAAAGCAUGGGAUGCUCAUGUGACAGCAGUUUGCUCCCAAGAUGCCAGUGAACUUGUAAGGAAGCUUGGUGCAGAUGAUGUAAUUGAUUACAAAUCUGGAAGUGUGGAAGAGCAGUUGAAAUCCUUAAAACCGUUUGAUUUUAUCCUUGAUAAUGUUGGCGGAUCCACUGAAACAUGGGCUCCAGAUUUUCUCAAGAAAUGGUCAGGAGCCACCUAUGUGACUUUGGUGACUCCUUUCCUCCUGAACAUGGACCGAUUGGGCAUAGCAGAUGGCAUGUUGCAGACAGGAGUCACUGUAGGUUCGAAGACAUUAAAGCAUUUCUGGAAAGGAGUCCAUUAUCGCUGGGCAUUUUUCAUGGCCAGUGGUCCAUGUUUAGAUGACAUUGCAGAACUGGUGGAUGCGGGAAAGAUCCGGCCAGUUAUUGAACAAACCUUUCCUUUUUCUAAAGUUCCAGAAGCCUUCCUGAAGGUGGAAAGAGGACAUGCACGAGGAAAGACUGUAAUUAAUGUUGUUUAAAUAAAAAUGCAGUUUAGUGAU